AUGAUGUCAAACGACGAAUACAUUCUUGUUACUGGCGGGGCCGGUUAUAUUGGUUCUCACACUGUUAUUGAAUUAAUCAACCACGGAUUCAAAGUAGUUAUUGUUGAUAAUUUAAGUAAUUCUUCCUAUGAUGCAGUUGCCAGAAUUGAAUAUAUUGUCAAACAACAUGUCCCUUUUUAUAAUGUCGACAUUAGAAACACAGCUGAAUUGAAUAAAGUGUUCCAAGAAUAUAAAUUUUCUGGAGUUAUUCAUUUUGCUGCCUUGAAGGCUGUUGGUGAAUCAACUGAAAUUCCAUUGGAUUAUUAUGAUAAUAAUGUUUCAGGAACCAUCAACUUGUUGGAAGUUUGUAAAUCAAACAAUGUCAAAACUAUUGUUUUCAGUUCAUCUGCUACUGUUUAUGGUGAUGUCACUAGAUUUGGUGACAACUCAAUGAUUCCAAUCCCAGAACAUUGUCCAAUGGAUCCAACCAACCCAUACGGUAGAACCAAAUUCAUAAUUGAAUCAAUCUUGAAAGACAUGUACUCUAGUGACAACUUAUGGAAAGUUGCAAUCUUGAGAUAUUUCAAUCCAAUGGGUGCCCAUCCAUCUGGUUUACUUGGUGAAGAUCCUUUAGGUAUUCCAAACAAUUUGUUGCCAUAUUUAGCCCAAGUUGCAAGUGGUAGACGUGAAAAAUUGUCUGUCUUUGGAGAUGACUACAACUCCCAUGAUGGUACCCCAAUUAGAGAUUAUAUCCAUGUCGUUGAUUUGGCAAAGGGACACAUUGCUGCAUUAAAUUAUUUGAAAAACAAAGUCAACAGCAGUGAAGGAUUAUACCGUGAAUGGAAUUUAGGAACUGGUAAAGGGUCAACCGUUUUCGAUGUUUAUCAUGCUUUUUGUAAAGCUGUUGGCAGAGAAUUGCCUUAUGAAAUCGUUGGCAGACGUGCAGGUGAUGUUUUGGAUUUAACUGCUAAACCAGAUCGUGCCAACAAGGAAUUGGAAUGGAAAGCUGAACUUAAUAUUGAUGAUGCUUGUAAGGAUUUAUGGAAAUGGACCACAGAAAACCCAUAUGGUUUCAAAAUUGAAAAUUACACUUGGUCACAAUUUGAUGGAUACAACAACCGUUUGCAUACAUUUGUUUCUGGUCCAUUGAAAGUAAGUUUAGCUAACCGUGGUGCCUUGAUCCAAGCUGUUGAAUUAGAUGGUUGCAGUAUGGUUAAAGCAUACGACAAUGCUGAGGAUUUCAAGGACAAGUCCAAUCCAUUCUUUGGGACAACUGUGGGAAGAUUUGCCAAUAGAAUUGCCAAGGGUCAAUUUGAAUUGAAUGGUAAGAAAUACCAAUUGUCUACUAAUGAAGGUUCCAACAACUUACAUGCUGGUUUUAAUGGAGUUGAUAAACAAAAUUUCCUUGGUCCUGUUGUUAAACAAAAAGAUGGCAAAUUCUUGGUUGAUUUCUUAAUUGUCGAUAAAGAUGGCAAUGACGGUUUCCCAGGUGAAGUUGAAGCUAUUGUCCACUAUACCAUUGAUAAUUCCGACAUUGCAAUUGAAUAUGAAUGUAAAUUGUUAUCUGGUGCAGAAGCAACUAUUGUCAAUAUGACCAACCACAGUUAUUUCACUGUUUCAAAUGCCGAAGAUAUCGAAGGAACCGAAGUCAAAUUAAUCACCGACAAAAUGAUGGAAGUUGACGAUGAAUUAAUACCAACUGGUAAAUUUGUUGCCAACAAAAAUGCAACCAAUACAAUUGUUUUAACCAAAGAUCUUGCCUUUGAUAACUGUUUCGUUGUGGAUGACAACUGUGGAAUUGAUACCAGAAACCAGCCAUUGAAACUUGUACUUGAAGCUACUCAUCCAAAAACCAACAACAAAUUCACUGUGCAAACCACUGAACCAGCAUUCCAAUUCUAUACUGGUGAUGGUGUUAAUACCAAGGGUUUUGUUAAAAGAUGUGGUUUCUGUGUUGAACCAAGUAGAUUUAUUGAUGCUAUUAACAAGGAAGAAUGGAAGAAUCAAGUCAUUUUGAAGAAAGGUGAAGUCUAUGGUAGUAAGAUUGUGUAUGGAUUUAGUAACAAAUAA